UGAGAUGGUUCACGCGGCUAAAUUGAAUAUUACAGUUCCCUGAGGUUCAAUUUUUGAACUCGGUGUUACUGAGUAUAAAUUGAUCGAUGAUUGUGUACCUCAAGACAACGCCAGAGAUCAAUCAUUGAAACCGUGCAGUGCCAGCCGUACUACUCUCAACAUGACUAUUGGUGUUGCUAUCCUGGGCGGAGGCAUCUUUGCCAGAGAAGAACAUAAGCCCGCUGUCGAGGCUGCAAAGGACCUUACGCUUAAGGCUGUCUAUUCGCGCUCAGCGAAAUCAGCCAAGACUCUCGAGGUCGACGAGUCCAAAGUUGACAUUUACUCGGACGAGUCUGGCUCCGAAAAGGGCCUGGACGCUCUCUUCGCACGAACGGAUAUCAAGGCGGUGAUUAUUGCGCUACCAAUCAAGAAUCAGCCGGAAUAUGUUCGCCGGGCCUUGUUGGCAGGCAAGCAUGUUCUGUCUGAAAAGCCUGUCGCCGAGAACGUUGAGGAGGCUGUCGAGUUGAUCAAAUGGUACCAUUCCGAGAUCGCGCCUAAGGGUGUGACUUGGGGUGUCGCCGAGAACGUCAGAUACACCGCCUCCUUCCUUCAUGCUGCCGAAGCUGUAAAGCCUAAAGGUCGUCAAUUGACCUUCAGGUGUCGCAUGCAAACGCUGGUGGAGGGUGGAAAAUACUAUGAAACUUCGUGGCGCAAAGUGCCCACUCACCAAGGCGGUUUCUUGUUGGACGGAGGUGUACAUUUCACGGCAGCCCUGAGACUCAUGCUUGGCAAGGACAAUCCCUUGGUGUCGUUAUCGGCGCAUUCAGCUUUGCUCCAGGAGCAUCUACCACCUGUCGACACCGUGGAAGCAACAGCGAAGAGCAAGAGUGGUGCCGUUGGAACGAUCUCGAUAUCCUUCGGGACCACUGCCAAGGGUAGUGAGUGGACGGUUGGGUGCGAGAAGGGCUUUGUUAGUGUGAGCCGCAAGGGGGUCACGAUAGAUGACAAGCUUGAAGAAAUCGAGGAUGAGAAGACGGGUGUACCGCCCGAAGUUCGAGCCUGGGGAGAGGCGUUGGCAGCCGGCACUGUCAAUGAGUUGCAGUCUCCAGAAGAGGCUCUUGCUGAUUUGGAGCUGAUUGAAGCAAUGCUACGAAGCGGCGAGCAAGGAGGUGUGCCGAUCAAGUUGCAACAUCAGCAACUGUGAGAUGACCAGGACGCAUGAUCGAGUUGAGGGUGAUCAACAAGAACUUGUCGCGCACAGUACCAUAGUGUACGCGAUCAGUUGUGGACGGGCACCCCCCACUCCUGCUUACCAGGCUGGCGAGCAGUCUUCACCGACAGAAGAGGAUCUGACUUCAAUACUAUCGUGGAACCUUCCACAUAAAACCUGUACGAUCCACUAUGUCCACAUGAUACAUGAUUCACCCCGAAGCAUCAAUGUAGACCUGACCUCUGAGGCUCGAAGUUGGAGAAUCUCGAAAGCAG